AUGCAGGAUGUGGUGUUCACAGAUGAGAUGGCACAUUUUGGCCGGGAGAGGAUCCCUGAGAGAGUGGUACAUGCUAAAGGAGCAGGAGCCUUUGGAUAUUUUGAAGUCACUGAUGACAUUACGAAAUACACCAAGGCCAAGGUGUUUGACCAAAUCGGAAAGAAAACUGACAUCGCUGUGAGAUUCUCUACUGUAGCUGGUGAACAGGGCUCUGCUGACACCGUCCGCGAUCCUCGAGGAUUUGCAGUGAAGUUCUACACAGACGAGGGUAACUGGGACCUAGUUGGCAACAAUACCCCCAUUUUCUUUAUCAGGGAUGCCAUGCUGUUUCCAUCCUUCAUUCACAGUCAGAAGAGGAACCCACAAACCAAUCUGAAAGACCCCGAUAUGGCAUGGGACUUCUGGAGCCUUCGUCCUGAGUCUCUGCACCAGGUGUCGUUUCUGUUCAGUGACCGAGGUAUUCCAGAUGGAUUCCGGUUCAUGAAUGGAUAUGGAUCUCACACCUUCAAGCUUGUGAAUGCACAAGGGGAGGCCGUGUACUGCAAAUUCCACUACAAGACUAACCAAGGUAUAAAGAAUCUGACAGUGGAAGAAGCAGACAAACUGGUGGUGAAGGACCCAGAUUAUGCCACCCGAGACCUUUUCCAGGCUAUUGCCAAGAAGAGCUUCCCAUCCUGGACAAUGUACAUCCAGGUCAUGACCUUCGAGCAUGCAGAGAAAUGUCCUUUCAAUCCCUUUGACUUGACCAAGGUCUGGCCUCACGCCAAGUACCCGCUGAUCCGUGUUGGAAAGUUUGUGCUGAACCGAAACCCAGAAAACUACUUUGCUGAAGUGGAGCAGAUUGCCUUUGAUCCAAGCAACAUGCCCCCAGGCAUUGAGCCGAGCCCGGAUAAAAUGCUGCAGGGUCGUCUGUUCUCCUACCCGGACACACACCGGUACCGCUUGGGGCCAAAUUAUUUGCACAUUCCAGUGAACAGUCCUCGGGCAGCCAAUGCCUGUCACUAUCAGAGGGACGGUCCGAUGUGCAUGUUCGCUCAUCCAAGUCAUGUGCCAAACUAUUAUCCGAACAGUUUUACAUCUCCUCGGGAUAUACCCAAGCACAAGGAGAGCACCUGCAUAUCUUCCGGAGAUAUCGAUCGCCAUGACAGCUCUGAAGAGGAUAACGUGUCCCAGGUGGGAGCUUUCUACAGAAGAACCCUGAAACCAGAGGAACGCCAGAGACUGUGCGAGAAUGUUGCUGGGAGCCUAAAGGAUGCUCAGCUCUUCAUCCAAGAGAGAGCAGUAAAAAACUUCAGGGAUAUUGACCCAGAGUAUGGCUCCCGUAUUCAGGCCCUUCUGGAUAAGUACAAUGCUGCCAGUGGAAAAAAAGUAGGUGUCCUUUUCAAAGCAAUAAUGUACAUUUUUCCCCAGUUUAAGAAAUGUCAUCACUGUGGGUGCUACAUGACAAAGAUUGGCAUCUAA